GAUGAGACAGGGGCGUAUCUCAUCGAUAGAGACCCCACAUAUUUUGGUCCAAUACUGAACUACCUCCGACAUGGGAAGCUCAUCAUGAACAAGGAGCUUGCAGAAGAAGGGGUACUGGAAGAAGCCGAGUUUUACAAUAUCGCAUCUCUCGUGCGGCUGGUGAAGGAGCGGAUACGGGAUAACGAGAACAGAACCUCUCAAGGACCUGUGAAGCACGUGUACAGAGUCCUGCAGUGCCAAGAGGAAGAGCUCACACAGAUGGUGUCCACAAUGUCUGACGGGUGGAAAUUCGAACAGCUGAUUAGCAUUGGAUCUUCCUAUAACUAUGGAAACGAAGACCAGGCAGAAUUCCUCUGUGUCGUGUCCAGGGAGCUCAACAAUUCUACCAACGGCAUUGUCAAGGAGCCCAGCGAGAAGGCAAAGAUUCUUCAAGAGCGAGGAUCCCGAAUGUAAUUCAAGUGUCCACUCCAGGAGAACUCUCAGAUGUCACAGCCUAGCUGGGCAGAGCAUCUCUCCGCAGAGCAGCCUUGCCCCUGUACAGUAAACAAGCUAAUGCAAAGCAAAGCCGAGCCUGUCCUGCCAAUGGCAAAUAAUUCUGGUCAUAACCAAAGGCUUCCCUCUUACCCUGAAAACCAAGGAAGGAAAAAAAACCUCUUCCAGUGGGAUAAUCCUUUCCACAAGU